AUGAAUUCAUGGGAAAUAAAUUAUCAAAGUGAUUCUAAUGAAAAUGCUUCGGUGAUAACAAUAGAUGGAACGGUUUAUAACCCUCCAACUUACGAAGCCGAAGCGGAACUGCAAGCCCUACCAGAGACACCAGAAAUACAUCCAGACAAUAUUCUUUAUCCUAAUACCAUUUGGUUUAACGCUAAACCGCUAAAUAAAUUUGCGAAAACCUACGAAUUAGAGAAAUUCGAGAAGAAUUUGUUAAUAAUAUUCAAUCAAGAAAACAUAGUUGGAUAUGAGCCUAGAUUGGGCACGGAAAAGGAUGUCACUGCUUUGAUAAAUACAUUUUCACAAUUUGGCUUUGAAAUUGAAACGUAUAAAGAUAAAACGAAAAGUUUCGUUCUGGGUGUAUUAAGAAACUUCAAAUACAGAAAUUUCUCCGACUAUGGGUGCGUGGCGGUGGUUGUGCUGACCCAUGGGACUACGGAGGGCUUAAUACGAGCGAAAGAUCAAUUUUACAAGGAGUUUGACGUAAUAGACGCAUUCAAAACGUAUAACAAUCCGUCUUUAAUCACAAAACCUAAACUUCUAUUUAUCCAGGCUUGUCGUGGUAAGCAGUCCGUCAAAGGAGUCAAUGUUGGUACUCCAACAACUCUCUCGAUAAAAAAAGAUGAAUGCCAUAUCGAACCAUAUACCUUACCAGCUGAGUCGGAUAUGUACGUUCUCCACAGUUCAUACAUGGGCAAACCUUCACAUAGAGACGAAUUCAACGGUACAUGGCUAAUUCAGACAUUGUGUAAAAAGAUAAAUGAAUUAGCCCCAACCCACGACUUGGCCAGUAUAGUCACUGAGGUGAAGCAAGAAGUGGCAAUCGAUUUGUGCUUCGAAGAAUAUAACACAGAAACAUUAGAAGUGGAGACGAACACACAAGUGCCUGUGGAUACGUCGACUCUGAUUCGGAAGUUGUAUUUUCGGAAGUAUGGGGAAUCUGUAUCGUAUACCGACUCACGUGUAGAAAGAAGUGAUUCGAUCACGCCUUUACUGGAAUUUGGGCCUUGUGUCUGCUUUUUGGACUACUUCGCGUAUAUAACGGAAUGUUUACGGUUAUACUUAGAACACAAUCCAGAAGAUGCAAUAGCGCAGUACUUCAUCGAAGCGUCAGAAACCAUUGACAGUUCCGAGAUGAGUGGUUCUAAAGAGAAAAUGACUAAUGCAAUUGUUAAUUACUUACGUAAUCAUGCUAAGCAAUUUGAUUUUUACAAAUAUAUGUAUUUUAAAAAAUGA